CUGAUAUUGAUUGUAACUGUGAAAAUGAAUUUUUUUAUCGUUCUCGCUACAAUGCUGGUAGCUGCCGAAGCCGCUCCAGGUGGAUUAGAUUUUGGAUUUCCUAGCAUACAUUCGGCCCCUUUUCUUCCUGCACCAGUGUUUCCAGCUCCUGUACUUCCAGCACCUACCAUCGUUAAAUCUUUCUCCGCUCCUGUAUUUUCACCACCUAUCAUAAAAGCUCCAAUCGUAGCACCCGCUCCCAUUAUUAAAACCAUCGCUCCAAUUCCUAUUGUAAAACAAAUCGCUCCGGCUACAAGUUAUGCAAGUAUAACUCAAUACGCAGUUGCACCAGUUGUUAAGACGGUUGUUGCACCUCAACCUAUUUUCAAAAGCUUCGCCGUAGCAGCUCCAUUACCUGCCCAUGGUUUUCCAGAUUUCCACCACUAGUUUAAAAAUGUAGGUCCGAUGUAAUUUAUUUAUCAAGAUUUUUAUUAAUAUUAUGAAACGUAAAAUGUAAAAAAUAAA